AUGGGGUUUUGCGAUGACUAUAGCGAUGAUGAAAUGGACGUGGAGGAGCUGGAGAGGAGGAUAUGGAGGGACAAGAUGAAGCUGAAACGCCUGAAGGAGAUGAACAAGAAGAAGAAGAAGAGUAAGGAGGGGGAUGAAGCCAAGCAGAGGCAGUCUGAAGAGCAGGCUAGGAGGAAGAAGAUGUCAAUGGCUCAAAAUGGGGUAUUGAAGUACAUGUUGAAGAUGAUGGAGGUGUGUAAUGCUCAGGGGUUCGUUUAUGGGAUUAUCCCUGAGAAAGGGAAGCCUGUGAGCGGGGCGUCUGACAAUCUGAGGGAGUGGUGGAAGGAUAAGGCGAAGUUUGAUCUCAAUGGCCCGGCUGCAAUAGCCAAGUACCAAGCGGAUCAUGCUAUCCCGGGGAGGGACGAGAACGAGGCCAAUCCGGUUGGGGCUACCCCCCACACCUUGCAAGCGCUUCAGGACGCCACGCUUGGCUCGAUGCUGUCAGCGUUGAUGCAGCAUUGUGAUCCCCCUCAGAGACGGUUUCCUUUGGAGAAAGGCGUUCCCCCGCCUUGGUGGCCUAAUGGGAAUGAGGAGUGGUGGCCUCAAUUGGGGCUGCAUAGGGACCAAGCCACUCCUCCUUACAAGAAGCCACACGAUCUCAAAAAGGCGUGGAAGAUUGGUGUCCUCAUCGCUAUCAUCAAGCAUAUAUCCCCCGAUAUCUCCAAGAUUCGGAUGCUUGUAAUGCAGUCCAAGUGCUUGCAAGACAAGAUGACAGCCAAGGAAAGUGCUACUUGGCUUGCCAUUGUUAACCAAGAGGAAGCCUUGGCUCGAGAGCUUGACCCCGAUAGAUGCCCACCGUUACCCCCAACUGUUGGGGCUGGGAGUGGAAUGCUUUCUGUGAAUGAUAGUCAUAAGUAUGAUGUUGAAGGGGUUGAUAAUGAUCCCGAGUUAGAUGUUCAAGUGCAAAAACCAAACAACAUCGAUUUGUUGAGUACGGGUGUUGAGAUAUUCAACAACGGGCUAACAGAUUCAAUCCAGGACGAUGUAAUCACCGGGUUGGAUUUCUCAAGGAAGAGGAAGCCUGUGGAUGAACUGCCCAUUUUGUUGGAUCAUAGGAUCUAUACUUGUGAGUUUGUUCAAUGCCCUUACAAAGAGCUUCACUUAGGGUUUGAGGACAGAUUGGCUAGAGAUAAUCAUCAGUUAACUUGUCCUUACAGAAACUCUGCUCAAUUCGGGGUCUCAAACUCCCACAUGUAUGAAGUCAAGCCAGUGGCGUUUACUCAACAAUUUGUGCAGCCGAAGGCUGCUGUUGCUGCUCCACCCGUGAAUCCAACCCCGCCUUCCUUCAAUCUUUCGGGACCUGGUGUUCCACAAGACGGGCAAAGGAUGAUCAGCGAUCUCAUGUCGUUCUACGACACAAACAUCCCGGGGAACGCAAUCUCCAACACUAGGAACGUUGGACCUGCUAAAGACCAACCUCUUCAACAAAUUCAACAACCCAACAUUCAGUGUCAGCAGGGCGGUUUCCUUCAAGACCAUGAGGAGAUCAUCUUCCCGGAGAGCAACAUUUCCUCGACUCUCCCCAUGUUCACAUCGGGAGACCAGUUCGAUCAGCCCAACGUUGUGAACUCCCCUUUCAAUUCCCCCUUCAACGUUGUCAGCUCCACCGAGACACUCCCAUUCAUGUUUGGCUCUCCCUUCAACCUCCCAUUCUCUGAUGAUUACUCUGAGGACAUACCUGGCCUUCCACCCCUGCCAAAAACACACAUCCACAGCUGGUACUAG